ACCAGCUUCUGUAAUUUCUUCAACCUAAAAUUCUCUCUCUAUAUCUCUCUUUCUCUCUCUCUCUCUCUCUAGAUACUUAUGCUUUUUCUCUGAUUAUUUACUAAUAAUUUUCUUCAUUAGUUAAAUAUAAGGCUGUGAAAUUGAGGUUGAUUAACAUAAACAUGGAGAGUACGGAUUCAUCAUCAGGUUCAAAACAACCACAGUUACCUCCGGGCUUCCGGUUCCACCCGACCGACGAAGAGCUAGUGGUUCACUACCUCAAGAAAAAAGCGGCAUCCGCGCCUUUGCCGGUGGCGAUAAUAGCCGAGGUUGAUCUCUACAAGUUUGAUCCAUGGGAGCUUCCAGCUAAGGCGACGUUUGGUGAGGAAGAGUGGUAUUUCUUCAGUCCAAGGGAUCGAAAGUACCCGAACGGAGCUCGGCCGAACAGGGCCGCGACUUCGGGGUACUGGAAAGCCACCGGAACUGAUAAGCCGGUGUUGACAUCAGGGGGAACUCAGAAAGUUGGUGUGAAGAAAGCACUUGUGUUUUAUGGCGGAAAGCCGCCAAAAGGGUCUAAAACGAAUUGGAUCAUGCAUGAAUAUCGUCUUGCUGAUAGUAAAACAAUAUCGAAGCCACCAGGAUGCAACCCAGUCAAUAAAAAAGCUUCGUUGAGGUUGGAUGAUUGGGUGCUAUGUCGAAUAUACAAGAAGAACAAUAUUCAAAGGCCGGUGGACAGCGAUAGCAACGACCACGCGAUGACCGGGAUGUUAGCAUCGAUACCACCGUCGAUAUCACUCAGACCGACAGGGUUCAACACAAUGCUGGAGAAUCAUGAACACAACGUUGUAUUCGACGCUAUGUUAACCUCAAACUUAAACUCAACCGAGAAUGUCAACAUCACAACUUCGAAUCUUCUUCCUGUCAAAAGAUCCCUCCCUAAUUUCUUCUGGAACGAUGAAGGACACACAAGUAAUUCACCAUACACAAAGCGGUUUAUUUCCGAUAGCAAUAGCGACGGUGGUGUUUUGGUCACAAGAACAAAUGAAGAAAACAACGGUGGUUCCAUUGCUAAUCUUUUGGGACAGCAACAAGCAUUGUUAGGCUCGGUUGGAGACACUGGCGUUUACCGACAACAAUACCAGUUACCUUCAAUGAACUGGUACUAGUAGAUCAUUUUUGUUGAAGUGGUUAUGAAUUGGGUAAUGCUAAAUUAUUAUUAUACGGGUUUUAUGAUAUUUAUAGAUGGGUGUGUGUAUAUAUAUAAAACUUUUAAAUAUGUAUAUGGUUUCGAUGGAGAAAGUUGGAGGUAGAUGGAAGUCAAGUAUGAAUAGUGAGAGGCUCAACCUUUAGUGACAAAUUUGAUUGGGAAUAUGAGUUUUAGCAACGGCAAUUGUCUGUAAUUUGAUGCCAAUUUUAGGUGAUUGUGGGGUGCUUAUGUAUAGAGAUGCAGAUGAUUAAUUAAUGGUGAUCAUACUUUUUUAUUAUUAA